AUGCCACCUAGACAGUUGUCUGGAGAAGAUAUAAUACAUCAACUAAAUAACCUGGCUCAGGUGCAUUUUGGCAAAGGUUCUAAAAAGAGAAAACGUACACCUGAGGAGUUAAAUUGGACAAAACAGAGUAUCUUCAUUGAAUUGCCAUAUUGGGCAUCUUUGAAACUUAGGCAUAAUCUCGAUAUGAUGCACACUGAAAAGAACAUUUUUGACAAUGUGUUGGGUACAUUGAUGAAUAUUCAAGGUAAAACAAAAGAUAAUAUCAAUGCUCGACGGGACUUGGCCGAACUGGGUAUAAGAAAAGAGUUACAUUUGAAAGAAGAAGGGGAUCGAGUUGUAAUCCCUCAUGCCUAUUUCAUGUUACAUGGUGAUGAACGGAAAAAGUUUUGUGCAUGGUUGAGUGAAGUUAAAUUCCCUGAUGGUUUUGCAUCUAAUAUUUCUAGGUGUGUUAAUGUUAGUGAUUGUAAAAUAUCUGGUAUGAAAAGUCAUGAUGCUCACAUAUUCAUGCAAAGGUUGCUACCAGCAGCAAUCGGUGGGUACUUAAGACAUGAUAUACGUUUGGCAUUGAUGGAACUUAGCACUUUCUUUAGGGAAUUAUGUGCACGGACGUGUAAGAAAGAUAUAGUGAAGCGUCUUGAGACUGACAUUGUCCUCAUUCUUUGCAAGUUGGAACAAAUAUUUCCACCAAACUUCUUUGACGUAAUGGUCCACCUAGCUGUCCAUUUGCCUCGUGAGUUGUUGCUCGCAGGACCAGUUCAAUACAGGUGGAUGUAUCCAUUCGAGAGGUAUUUGGGCAGAUUUAAGCGGUAUGUUAAAAACAAGACCUGCCCAGAAGGAUCUAUUGCAGAGGCAUAUAUUCAUGUAGAAUGCUUGACAUUUGCCUCGAUGUAUCUGCAUGAUGUACCAACUAGGUUCAUCAAUGAGGAUCGAAACAUUGAUAUCGGUGUUCAAACAACCGAAGUAGCUUCAUUGUCAGUUUUUUCACAGAAAGUGCGCCCAUUGGGGAUUUCAAUUCCUACACAACUAGAGAAGAAACUAUUUAAGACUGCUAGAUGGUAUGUUCUCAAUAAUUGUGCAGAAAUUGAGCAAUACUUAGAGGAGCACUACAACAUUGUAAAGGACCAGAGCAUAACUAACAUUGAAAGGAGGCAUGAAAGUGAAUUUCCUUCGUGGUUCAGAAAACAUAUUCAAGCACUUCGUGCUAGAGACCCUGACCAAGUAUCUGAUGAUCUUUAUGCAAUAGCUUGUGGUCCUGAUCAUUGGGUGGCAUCAUAUACUGGUUGUAUAAUGAACGGUAUAAGGUUUCAUACAAAGCAUCGUGAAAUGAACCGCAGAACACAGAAUAGUGGUGUGUUAGUUACAAGUGAACACCAAUCAGCUAUGAUAGAUUUCUAUGGUGUUCUCAAUGACAUAGUGGAGUUGAGAUACAUGGGAUGGCGACGUGUCUGGUUGUUUAGUUGCGAUUGGUUUGAUGUUAGUGAUACCAUUCGAGGGAUACAUGUUAGUGAGCAUGUUACAAGUGUCAAUAUGUCCCGAACUUGGUAUAAGGAUGAUCCCUUUGUACUGGCAUGCCAAGCAUCACAAGUUUUUUACCUUAAAGACACAAACUUAGGUGGGUCUUGGCAUGUUGUGCAGAAGAUCACAUAUAGGAAUGUCUAUGAUGUUCCCCAAUUGGAAUUAAAUGGCAACGACGAUGAUUCUAGCGAUGAUGAUGUAUAUCAAGAAGAGCAGUCUUCUGACAUUUAUAGAGACGUUGAGUUCGAUGAAAAUGGCCUUCAGUCCUCAUGGCUAAGGCCAGAUGUUCUCCAACAAACUAUUCCUGCUGCUAACUUAACCGUAGGAAAUAAUGACAUUCUUGAUGACUAGGAAUUUAUCAAUGACAUAUUGGAGGAUUCUACAGAUGACAGCUCUGAUACCAUGUCCAUUGCUUCCACUGAUCAUGAAGACCCACUUGAAGACACUGAUGCAGAGACCGAGGAUGUUUAAGAUGGCCAGUCUGCACCACGUUGGAGUAAACAACAAUGGAAUGGAUGGUUGUGAGGGAAUGUAAUCAAUUCCAUGGAAGUUUUUGAUAUAUUGAAUGUUGACCUUGUGUGAUGCUACAAGGUGUUUACUAUGUAUUUUAACUACAAUAUUUCCAAAGCUUGUUCUUUAAAGGUCUGUAGUUUUUUUUAUUGAAGGGUUUAUAAUUGAGUGAUGGAAUAUUGUAAUUUAUAUGGUCUAAUAGUAGUAUUUCAGAGGCCUAUAUUUAUAUUGUUGCACUAGAUCUAUUUUGUGAAUUAUUGAAAAUUGCUGCAGUUUAUACAGAACAUUACAGUAUU